AUGAUGUUAUCCAAGAGGACUUAUUGCAGUGUCUUUAUUUUUUUAAUAAAUAUUUCUGGGCAACUAUGUAACGUACAAAUAGGCCCUGAUCCCUGGGAUUACGUUAGUCCUAUAACUUUUGACACAAAUAACAACGCAGAAAUACCACCCGAUCUAAGAACUGCGCCACCAAAAAAAGUACAAACUAAUAACCUGGCAACAGGAGAAUGGUUUUACAAACGUAUUUUAGCUUUUGUUUUAAAAGGAGGGCAGAUUAAGAAAAAUGAAGACGGCAGUGUUGAAGUAUCACUACAAAUGAGAUAUAACACAGAGCAUUGGAAAGUUCUCAAUGAAUAUGUUCUGCCGAGUAAAUCUCUGUCUGAAGACAUGUAUAGAAGAUCAAUGGGCUAUAUAGAGGAAGCUAUCUAUAAACCCACAAUUACCGAAAAAAUUGUUAUGGCUUGGCAUGAGCAUAUUCAAUAUUACUUUACUGAAUACAAGGAAGCAGAAAAACAGGAAAUGGAAAAGUUUAUGCAGGCCAUAAAUACGUGCAAAUGGUAUAUUUGGACCUCAGAAUGCGAGGUCCCGCCACCCGAUCCAUUAAUAUUCAUAAAACAUAUGAAUCCUCUUAAGAUUGGAGUAAGAAUGUUUACAAUAUUGAUAUCAGAACCUAUGUUAUGUAUCAGCGAAACUACUAAAGUUAUGAUACAUGGAGUAACAGAUGGUCUGUUUUAUCCGUUUGACAAGAUCGCGUAUGGAGUUCUAAUGAUAUUUUUGAAUAUAACAUUAGUUUAUUUGCUUGUAAUGGUGUUAUUCAAUUUUGUACUCAACAUACCAUUCGACCUCAGUUUUGGAUUGGUAAAUAUUGCAUUGAAGCAGCGAGAUAGAUCCAUACCGAUAGUGAAACACCAAGAAAAUCCACAAGUCCAGGCAGUUGCAAGCGGUGAUAGAAUUAGCGGAGAAAAUUUAAAUAAACUUCUAGAUAUUUGUUCAAGAACACACCUAACUCAGAAAAAACCCAACGAAACCUUGGCCAUAACAUGCGAACCCAAAAUUAAAAGAUCAUCAAGCACCGGCAGAUUGCCUAGUUUGGCUACUUAUGAUGGAAAUCAGAAUAAAUUAUAA